AGAGAGAGAGAGAGAGAGAGAGAGGGAGAGGUUGAACAACAACAGGCAAGCGUGAGGUGACAUGGAGAAACACUGAUGCGUUCGGUAUAGUGGAUGAAGCUCUGGUAAUGAAGCGGACGGCGACUGUGAUGACAGACUCUCUGGAUUUACUGGUGCUGUGCUGAUAAAUGGAGUCUGAGCAGUUGUUCACCAGAGGCUACGGCAGGAACAGCUACAACAGCAUCACGAGCGCCAGCAGUGACGAAGAGCUUCUCGAUGGAGCCGGCGUCAUCAUGGACUUCCACACAACAGAAGACGACAACCUUCUCGACGGGGACGCGUCUCCAGGGUCGAACUACGCCAUGUCUAACGGGGGCGGUGGAGGCGGGGCCAGUAGCUCCACACACCUGCUGGACCUGCUGGAGGAGCCCAUCCCCGGCGUGGGGACCUACGACGACUUCCACACCAUCGACUGGGUCCGGGAGAAGUGCAAAGACCGAGAGCGCCACCGCAAGAUAAACAGUAAAAAGAAGGAAUCAGCAUGGGAAUUCACCAAGAGCCUGUACGACGCCUGGUCAGGGUGGCUGGUGGUCACGCUAACAGGACUUGCAUCAGGAGCGUUAGCUGGGGUGAUCGACAUCGCGGCCGACUGGUUGAACGAUCUGAAGGAGGGCGUGUGUCUCAGUGCCAUGUGGUUUAACCACGAGCAGUGUUGCUGGGGCUCCAACGAGACCACGUUUGCUGAGAGAGACAAGUGUCCUCAGUGGAAGACAUGGGCUGAACUCAUCCUGGGUCAGGCCGAGGGUCCCGGCUCCUACAUCAUGAACUACUUCAUGUUCACGUUUUGGGCGCUGUCCUUUGCGUUCCUGGCCGUGUCUCUGGUGAAGGUGUUUGCGCCGUACGCCUGCGGGUCUGGAAUACCUGAGAUUAAAACCAUCCUGAGCGGCUUCAUUAUCCGAGGGUACCUGGGCAAGUGGACCCUGAUGAUAAAGACGGUCACGCUGGUUCUGGCCGUGGCGUCGGGCCUCAGUCUCGGGAAGGAAGGUCCGCUGGUCCACGUGGCCUGUUGCUGUGGCAACAUCUUUUCCUACCUCUUCCCCAAAUACAGCAAGAACGAGGCCAAGAAACGAGAGGUGCUGUCGGCAGCUUCGGCCGCUGGUGUGUCGGUGGCGUUCGGCGCUCCGAUCGGAGGAGUGUUGUUCAGUCUGGAGGAGGUCAGUUACUACUUCCCGCUGAAGACGCUGUGGCGCUCGUUCUUCGCUGCUCUGGUGGCGGCGUUCGUGCUGCGCUCCAUCAACCCGUUCGGGAACAGCCGGCUGGUGCUGUUUUACGUGGAGUACCACACGCCCUGGUACCUGUUCGAGCUGUUCCCCUUCAUCCUGCUGGGGGUGUUCGGGGGCCUGUGGGGGGCCUUCUUCAUCCGGGCCAACAUCGCCUGGUGCCGCCGCCGCAAGUCCACGCGCUUCGGCAAGUACCCGGUGUUGGAGGUGAUCACAGUGGCGGCCAUCACGGCUAUCGUGGCGUUCCCGAACCCGUACACGCGGCAGAACACCAGCGAGCUGAUCAAGGAGCUGUUCACGGACUGCGGGCCGCUGGAGUCGUCGCAGCUCUGCCAGUACCGCAGUCAGAUGAACGGCAGUCAGGCGUAUCCGCAGGGAUCGGACGCCACCUCCACGCCGGGCGUUUACUCCGCCAUGUGGCAGCUCAGCCUGGCGCUCGUCUUCAAGAUCAUCAUGACCAUCUUCACCUUCGGCCUGAAGGUGCCGUCGGGUCUGUUCAUCCCCAGCAUGGCCAUCGGUGCGAUCGCUGGCAGGAUCGUGGGCAUCGCUGUGGAGCAGCUGGCGUACUAUCACCACGACUGGUUCCUGUUUCGAGAGUGGUGUGAGGUGGGCGCCGACUGCAUCACGCCGGGGCUCUACGCCAUGGUGGGCGCUGCGGCCUGUCUCGGUGGCGUGACCCGCAUGACGGUGUCUCUGGUGGUCAUCGUGUUCGAACUGACCGGCGGCCUGGAAUACAUCGUUCCUCUCAUGGCGGCGGUGAUGACCAGCAAGUGGGUGGGCGAUGCGUUCGGCAGAGAGGGGAUUUACGAAGCCCACAUCCGUCUGAACGGAUACCCCUUCCUGGACGCUAAGGAAGAGUUCACACACACCACGCUGGCGCGGGAAGUGAUGCGUCCGCGGCGUAGCGACCCGCCGCUGGCAGUGCUGACGCAGGACGACAUGACUCUCGCUGAGCUGCAGGCCAUCAUCUCCGAAACCAAUUACAACGGCUUCCCCGUCAUCGUCUCCAAAGAGUCGCAGAGGCUUGUGGGCUUCGCUCUGCGCAGGGAUAUAACCAUCGCCAUAGAAAACACCCGCCGUAAGCAGGAGGGAAUAAUGCUGAACUCGCGGAUCUAUUUUACCCAGCAUGCCCCGACCCUUCCCGCAGACAGCCCGCGGCCGCUGAAGCUGCGCAGUAUUUUAGACAUGAGCCCCUUCACCGUCACCGACCACACGCCGAUGGAGAUCGUGGUGGACAUCUUCCGCAAGCUCGGCCUGCGCCAGUGCCUUGUGACGCACAACGGGAUUGUAUUGGGCAUCAUCACCAAGAAGAAUAUUUUAGAGCAUCUGGAAGAGCUCAAGCAGCGCGUGGAGCCCUUGGCGCCUCCUUGGUGUUAUUACAAAAAAAGAUAUCCUCCGUCACAUGGCCCAGAUGGCAAACCAAGAUCCCGAGUCCAUAAUGUUCAACUAGCGUCCUCCUCUCCCCGAAACGAGGAAGAUGAGAGUGAAGAGGAGGUCCGUUUACUGGACAAUCCAUCCCUCUGACCACACGCCCCUAAACACACUAAACACUCGGCCGGAUGGGACCCGAACCUGGCCACAUCCUCUGGCUACUUGCACAAGACUUUCGAGGAAUCUGCUUGGGAAAAGCUCAAGCCUCGGAGGAACUUUCUUUAAACUCUCACGCGCGCAUGCAAAAAAAAAAAACAUCGCGGUCACUUCCGCCGUCGGAUCCUGCUUAUUUGACCUCUUCGCCUCCAGCCUGAGAAAACGUGUCCUAAUGAGGUGAAAGGUCAAGAUGAACCGCUUGCAAUGCGAGGAGGGACCUUCACCUUCACCCAAACACCCCAAAAUGGACUCUAUAGCAUUGUUUACCUGUUGUGCGUGUGUGUGUGUGUGUGUGUGGGAGAGAUCCAGGAAAGAGAUCGUGUUCGAACGCACCACAACAUUCCAGCCAGGAUCUGAUUCAGACGGGUUCAGCGUCCCGUAGGUGUGGAUGCGUCGCCAACGCAAGUGGUUUUUAUGAGUAUUCAAUAUUGCGAGAUGAUCAAACGUAGGUUACGCGCUACCUAGCGAAAGGACGUUGGAGGAGAACAGGGUGAAACUCGUCUUCAUCCUCGACACUACGACGGCCAGUCUAAAGUGCAAUGGGACUGUAGUCAGCGAGCCGACCAACGUCUUCAUGAAGAUUUGGGCUACUGGGAAUGAAAAACCAAGACUUUUCUUUUACAGCUGCUAUCCUGGCUACUAUAUUUAAAUGUUUCGCAACUAACUCUAAUAGUUUGAAAAUUAAAAAAUGUGACGACCAACUGUUUUUUAAGUUUGCAAACAAGCAUUAAUGUUCAAAUCGGUAAAUGUUGGCU